AUGGAGAGAAGACAUGUAACUGAAGAGAAGAAGCAUCGGGUGGUGGAGUUCAUCCUUACAAACUUCAAAGAAGGGCAUCCACCAAAGGUGAUCAUCAUCGAGGCUUCAAACAAGUUCAACAUCUCAUAUAUGUCAGUGAAAAGAUUUUGGUCAGCUGCAAAACAAGCAAUGGACAAGAAUGAGCCUGUGAGUUUCAAAAAGAAGCAGAGAAAGGAAAGAUCAGACAAGAAGACACCUGAUUUGGAUUCCAUUCAAAGGCUGCCAGUGCAAAAUAGAGGCACCAUUAGGAACCUUGCAAAGGCUGUCAACAACUCCAAAACCAGAGUUGGUAAACGGAUCAAAGCAAAAGACAUCAGACCACAUACGAAUGCAAUCAAACCUCAACUGACAGAGGCAAAUAAACAUUCCAGGUUAUGUUUCUGUUUACAAUCUCUUAAUUUUCAUAAAGCAAUUGAAACUGCUGAGUUCAGUAGCAUGCACAAUAUAGUGUAUAUAGAUGAGAAAUGGUUCUACAUGACCAAGCCAAGCCAUCGGUAUUACUUGACCCCCGCUGAGGCUGAGCCUCACAGAGCAUGCAAAAGCAAAACAUUCAUCACAAAAGUGAUGUUUAUGUGCGUUGUGAGCAGGCCAAUGUAA